AUGUUGAAGAUGCAGGUACCCAUUCAGGUGAUGCUACAUUUGUUUUACCACUACAAAAACUUAUCUCAAGAUGUUAUGGAUAGAUUUAAAAAAAUCACCAUGGAAUAUCACAGGUCCUUUCAUGAUAUCUUAUUUGGUGGUGACUUGAACAACGAUUAUUUAGGUCAAAUUGCCUCACAAUUCCCAUCAGAAGGUUAUAAGUAUUACAUAGAUGUGUCACCAGAAUUAACUGAAUAUUCUAAAGAAUAUUUACCAGAAGGUAAUUUGGUUGAUAUUGCUGAAUUACCCAUAACUGAUAAGAGGGCAUUACUUGAAGGUUUCCAGAAAUAUGAUUUGAGUAGUAUUUUCAAUUUAGCUAAUGCCAGCUGA